CAUGACAGCAGUCGUGGGCCGUGUCGGAGAGUCAGCUGAGACACAGCAGCGAAAAAGAAAUUGGUCAAAAUGGACAUCCGAGGAGCUGUGGAUGCUGCUGUCCCCACCAACAUCAUUGCAGCCAAGGCUGCUGAAGUCCGAGCCAACAAGGUCAACUGGCAGUCUUACCUUCAAGGGCAAAUGAUUUCUGCAGAGGACUGUGAAUUUAUUAAACGAUUUGAGAUGGCUCAUUCUGAGGAAAAGCAAGCAAUACUCAUCAAUGAAGGGCAUCAGUGUGCAAAAACCUUUCUCAACCUCAUGGCCCACAUUUCCAAGGAGCAGACCGUGCAGUACAUCCUGACACUGAUUGAUGAUGCGUUGCAGGAGAAUCAUCAGCGGGUGAACAUCUUUUUUGAUUACGCCAAGAGAAUGAAGAGCACUGCCUGGUCGUACUUUCUCCCCAUGCUGAACCGGCAGGAUCUUUUCACCGUGCACAUGGCUGCGAGGAUUAUUGCCAAACUGGCAGCCUGGGGGCGGGAGCUCAUGGAAGGGAGUGACCUGAACUACUAUUUUAAUUGGAUCAAAACUCAGCUCAGCUCACAGAAACUGCAUCCUGCAGGUCCAGAAACAGGAACAGUUUCCCCCAGUGAUAGCUCCCAGUAUGUUCAGUGUGUUGCUGGUUGCCUUCAGUUGAUGCUCAGGGUUAACGAGUACCGAUUUGCAUGGGUAGAAGCUGAUGGUGUCAAUUGCAUCACAGCAGUCCUGAGCAACAAGUGUGGUUUCCAGCUCCAGUACCAGAUGAUCUUCUGCAUUUGGCUGCUAGCCUUCAGCCCUCAGAUGUGCGAGAACCUGCGCCGCUACAACGUGGUCCCCGCGCUGUCCGACAUCCUGCAGGAGUCCGUCAAAGAGAAAGUCACCAGAAUCAUCCUGGCUGCGUUCAGGAAUCUUUUGGAAAAAUCGGCGGAGAGGGAGACUCGGCAGGAGUAUGCCCUGGCCAUGAUCCAGUGCAAAGUCCUGAAGCAGCUGGAGAACUUGGAGCAGCAGAAGUACGAUGACGAGGACAUCACCGAUGACAUCAAGUUCCUCCUGGAGAGGUUGGGUGAAAGCGUCCAGGAUCUUAGCUCUUUUGACGAGUAUAGUUCAGAGCUGAAGUCUGGGCGUCUGGAAUGGAGUCCUGUUCACAAAUCGGAAAAAUUCUGGCGUGAGAAUGCUGUUCGCCUAAAUGAGAAGAACUACGAACUUCUCAAGAUCCUGACCAGGCUGCUUGAGGUGUCAGAUGAUCCGCAGGUCAUAGCAGUGGCAGCCCAUGAUAUUGGAGAAUAUGUGCGACACUACCCUCGUGGCAAACGGGUAAUCGAGCAGCUGGGCGGGAAGCAGCUGGUGAUGAACCACAUGCACCACGAGGACCAACAGGUCCGCUACAACGCCCUCCUGGCCGUGCAGAAGCUCAUGGUGCACAACUGGGAGUACCUUGGAAAGCAGCUCCAGUCAUCAGAGCAGCCACCAGCUGUAGCCGCUAGGAGCUGAACUCCGAGCGCCUUUGCCGUCCACUGCUGAGUCUGUGUGCUGCAUUGCCCGGCCACAUUUGCAGUUCACCUUAAAAUUUAUAUGCAGGUGCUGGGGAUUAUUCAUUUUGUCAGCCUCCUCAGUUAUCAAACUUCCAAUCACCUUGUGUUUCUCUCAGUCCUCAUGACAAAUCGCUGUGUCGUAAUUUCAGCCAUUCCCUGUGUGUGAUUGUUAUUGCAGAGUAUUUAUGUCUUUAAUGAUUGAAAAAUAAAUGUAUGCAUUCCAAUAAAGUC